AUGGUAGUACACACCUGUAAUCCUGGCAUUCAAGAGGCUAAACAGGAAGAUUGCAAGUUUGAGGCCAGCCUGGGCUACAAUAGCAUGACUGUCUCAAAUAACAACGGCAACAAAACACCAAAUGCAAAGCAAAACUGGUUCAUGAACCACCGAGUCCCACCCCACAAGAGGUACCAACCCACAGAAUAUGAGCAUGCAGCCAAUUGUGCCACCCAUGCUUUCUGGAUUAUUCCCAGCAUCCUGGGCAGCUCCAACCUCUACUUCCUGUCAGAUGAUGACUGGGAGACCAUUUCUGCCUGGAUCUAUGGCCUUGGCCUUUGUGGCCUCUUCGUGGUGUCCACGAUAUUCCACACCAUCUCCUGGAAGAAGAGUCACCUCAGGAUGGUGGAGCACUGCCUGCACAUGACUGACCGCAUGGUCAUCUACUUCUUCAUUGCUGCCUCCUAUGCGCCCUGGCUGAAUCUUCGAGAGCUGGGCCCCUGGGCCUCCCACAUGCGCUGGCUUGUCUGGAUUAUGGCCUCUGUUGGUACUGUCUAUGUGUUCUUCUUCCAUGAGCGGUACAAACUUGUGGAGCUGCUCUGCUACGUGGUCAUGGGAUUUUUCCCUGCCCUGGUCAUUCUCUCCAUGCCCAACACGGAGGGCCUCUGGGAGCUGGUAACCGGAGGGGUCUUCUACUGCUUGGGCAUGGUGUUCUUCAAGAGCGACGGAAGGAUCCCCUUUGCCCAUGCCAUCUGGCAUCUCUUUGUGGCAUUUGGUGCUGGCACCCACUACUAUGCCAUCUGGAGGUACCUCUACCUGCCCAGCACCCUGCAGACCAAGGUGUCCAAAUGA